AUGAAUGAUUCGGAAAGUAAUGUUCAAUAUGGUUGUUUGUUUUCAACAAACCAUGAUUUGGAAGCAAUGUCAUGUAUAAAGUUUGAUCCUUAUCAGAGUUUACUAUGGUAUGGAACUGUAAAAGGAAGAGUUGCUUCGAUUCUUCCUUUAGAAGAUACCAAAUAUACAGCAUUUCCCGUAUUCAAUGAUAUGAUCAGAAGUAUUGAAGUUGUAGAAGAUUAUGUACUUUCAAUUUCUAAAGAUAAUUUUGCUAUCUAUUCUAGAGGAGGUGCACCUUAUAAUUUUAUUAAAACUCCAAAUAUGACAGAUAUUCAAUGUAGUCAUAUUUGUAAGAAUAACAAUUAUCAUGUUUUAUUAAGAGCUUCUUCAAGAUCAUUUUGUACAAUAGAUUUAGAACAACAAAAAGAAGUUCGAGUAGUUUGGGAUAAAAAAAAAGAUGAUUGUGGAAUAAUAAAGGAGAAUAAUGAUUUUAUUUUUACAUGUGAUAAUAAAGGGGCUGUUUCACUUAGAGAUAAACAAUCAUUAAAUGUAAUAACAGAUUUAAUGGCUCAUAAAGGUUGUGUUUAUGAUUUUGAUAUUAGUGGAAACAAAUUAAUGACAUGUGGAUGUACUUGGAAUUACAAAGGAUUCAGGCAAGAUAUGUUUUUGAAAGUAUUUGAUCUUCGCACUCUUAGACCAUUACCUGUUAUAAAUUGUUCUUUCCCUCCUAAUUACUGUAGAUUUUUGCCUUCUAUAUCAGAAGAAUAUUUUAUUUAUAUAUCUCAAAAUCGACAAGUUGCAUUUUCAACAUUAUCUAAACCAACGGAACAAAAUAAUUUUUUUAUUGAUCAAGAAAGUGACCAUAUUACUUGUAUUGACAUAAGCCCUACAAAUGAGUGUAUAGCAUUUGGGGACAAUGUUGGUACAAUAAAUUUAUUAACAAAUAGUGAAUCUCCUGUUUGUAAUUUAUAUAAUUAUGAACCUAAUUUUGCAGAUCCAGUUGAAAAUUAUCCACCAAUUUCAAUAUUUAAUACGAAUAUACCAUUAAAUGUUAUUCCUCUGGUACCAUUAGCACCUGAAAAUAUGGCAUCAUAUUGGCCCCCUCAAUUUUGUUCUCCUGCUAUCAGGUAA